GACCCCACAUCUCACCGGAUCAUCGAGAAACGCCGCCGGGACCGCAUGAACAACUGCUUGGCGGACCUUUCGCGGCUCGUGCCGUCUUGUCACCAGCGCAAGGGCCGCGGACGCAUCGAGAAGACGGAGAUCAUUGAGCUGGCAACGAAACACAUUCGCCACCUGCAGGCGCACAGAUGCCCGCGGCCAGAUGGCGUUGAUACCGACACGGCUAGCCGGCGCGCAACCAUCUCCAACCGCUAUGAGGAAGGCUACCGCGAAUGUCUGCGCGAGACGAUGCAGUGGAUGGUGGAGCACGAGGGCUUCAUACCCGGCGACCCCCUCUGCGCCCGUCUCAUGAACCACCUCCACGAGCACAUCGCACUCGUGCUCAGAGGCGGCUUUCCACCGCGGCCGCACCACGGCUCUCGCGUCGGCUCGCUCAGUGGCAGCACGAGCGGCUACAACGGGAACGCCAGCAGCAACGGCUCGUCCAGCGACGGUAACAGCGGCAGCACGCAGUGGCCCAGCUCGUCGGCGCCGCGGGAGAUGCGCUACGCGCCACCAGACCUGAACCAGCAGGCGCUGGUUCGGCUCCCGCUAGAGCGCGGCGACCCGGAGCCAAGCGCCGGUCCCGGCGCGAUGUCACGGUACCCUGCCGACGACGCCGACGCUGACUUCGAUGAGCCGCACCUGUACAAACUUCUGCACGUGGCAGGCGAGGUGAAGCGGGCUCACCCGCCUAGCAGCAGCAGCAGCCGCAGUUCGGAGGAGUGCGGCGGCUUCAUGUACAAGUUCAAGACCAACAUGAAGAAGCGCUUUUCGGCCGACAUGGCCGACGGCUUUGGCUCGAAGCGCUGCCGCCAGAGCGUGCCGCCGGCCGCCGUCGAAGCAGACAAGUGGAAGCCGACGUUGCUGGGCAGCGGCGCCGAGCGGACGCGCCGCCGCUCACAGCCCUCGCAGCUGGUGCCCGUGUUCGCACUGCACAGCAAGGGCUCGCUGUACCUGCCGAUGACGGUGGAGCUGGCGGCGCUGGGGCCGCAGGCUGAGCUGCUCUCCGCCGAGCCGCUCUCCCUUCUGCACCCUAUCAAUAUAUCGGUGUGCUUCUGCGAGCGGCGAGCGCUGGCCGACGCGGCCAGCGAGCAGCCGUCCACCUCUGGCGUGUCGUCGCUGCCACCGGAGACGGUGAUCUCCGAGGAGCUUACUUCAGCCGGGUAGGGCGCUGCCGGGCCGCCCGGGCCGCGCUCGUUACCGAGCCGGAGGUGAACCGUGCUGAACUUGACACGGGCUGCCCUGCUGUCCGCCGACCAAAAGGGUGGCGCCAUGCUGUUACAAAAUGCGGCACAUCUAUUCGAUGUUACAGUUGACUGUCGGUUUGUUCUGUCGCCGUGUGCGAAACCGUCGAAUCAAUGGCAUAGGAAGACGGUCUAUGUGCUUUAUAUUCAUUCUUGGCGUGUUCGCAUACGCCAUAUUUUUGCUCCCGUGUUGCUAUGUUCCUGACGCCCGAACUGCUGUUUGCCCGCUGCCGUGUGGCUUUGCUUUUAUCUGAGUGAGCACCAAGUUACAUUAUCGCCGACAUAAUUGUAAUGGUCAUGUAUGGUCAGCUGGUCAAUGGCAUGAUGGUCAUGUAUGGUCAACUGGUCCAUGGCAUGAUGGCCAUUCGCCAAUACUUCAUUUCGCAGCUUCUGUUCAGUUCAGGCUGUCUGAUUUCUUCUGUGUUUCGAGGAAAAUCGGCCGUCAGGCGCUCUGACGGACCCAUAUGACGGUUGUAUUACUUACUUGUGUCACUUCCUUUGAUAACGUCAAUUCUCCCGCAACGAUAUCCCUACCAUCAAGCUAAUAAUGCGAGCAAGUCGUGGUCAUUUUGUCUACGGGCCUAACGUGGGCAGAAUUUCG